UGGGAGCGGUCCUGGCCCGCGCGGUACCGCGCCAGCCUCGGGGCCCCCGGAGCGCUGCGCUCUGGCUCCCUCGUCUGGGAAGCCGUUGGCCGGAGCUGUCGCCGCCGGGGGGUGGUGCCCGGGCCAGUGAGCCCCUCCCCGGGCGAUGGGGCCGACAGCCCGGGCCACGGCGCGGCGGGGGUGACCGCGGGGACCCGGCCCGCCCCGUCCCGGGCCGCAGCCCCGGGUCCCGAGGGCGAGGCGUCGCGGCGCCGGCAGCGUCCGACGCAGCGGCGGCGCGGGUGGUGGCCGCGGCGGCAGAAGCAGCAGCAGCAGGACGAGGAGGAGCGGCGGCCCAGUGCGGGACCCGACCCGGCGUUGGGCGAGCGAUGCGCGGAGGCCGCCCCGCCGCCGCCCCGGGCCGCCACCUCGCCUCCUCGCGUCCACAAAGCCUGGUCACGGCGGCGGCGGGGGCGGCGGCGGCGGUCGUCCAUGGAGCUCGAGAACCUCUUGGCCAACUCGAUGCUGCUGAAAGCGCGCCAAGGAGGAUAUGGCAAAAAAAGCGGUCGUAGUAAAAAAUGGAGGGAGAUGCUGAAGCUGCCCCCUGUUGGCCAGUGCAGCGAGCUUCGACAUUCGAUUGAGAAGGAGUAUAGCAGUCUUUGUGACAAGCAGCCAAUUGGAAGACUUCUCUUCAGGCAGUUCUGUAAUACAAAGCAUGAUCUAAAGAGGUGCAUUGAAUUCCUGGAUGCAGUGGCAGAAUAUGAAGUAGCUGCUGAUGAGGACAGAAGAGACUGUGGGCUCCUGGUCUUAGACACAUUCUUCAUUGAGGAGAGUUCGGCAACCCCUCUACCAGAAAUACCGGGCCACGUUGUGCAGGAGUGCAGACUACAGCUGCAGGAGGACCCUUCCAAAGACGUCUUCAAGGAAUGCACUCGGAUUGUCCAUGACUAUUUAAGUGGAGAAUCAUUUGAAGAAUACCAAGAAAGCUCAUAUUUUUCUCGAUUUUUACAAUGGAAAUGGCUGGAAAGGCAACCAGUAACAAAGAACACAUUUAGACAUUACAGAGUUCUAGGAAAAGGCGGAUUUGGAGAGGUUUGUGCCUGUCAAGUGCGAGCCACGGGAAAAAUGUAUGCCUGUAAAAAGCUAGAAAAGAAAAGAAUAAAGAGGAGGAAAGGGGAAGCUAUGGCUCUCAAUGAAAAAAGAAUCCUAGAAAAAGUGCACAGUAGAUUUGUAGUUAGCUUGUGCUACACUUACGAAACCAAAGAUUCCUUGUGCUUGGUGCUAACCAUUAUGAAUGGAGGGGACCUGAAGUUUCACAUUUACAACUUGGGCAACCCCGGCUUCGAUGAGCAGAGAGCUAUUUUCUAUGCUGCAGAGCUGUGCUGUGGCUUGGAGGAUUUGCAGAGGGAAAGAAUUGUGUACAGAGACUUAAAGCCUGAGAAUAUUCUCCUCGAUGAUCAUGGACACAUCCGGAUUUCAGAUCUUGGUUUAGCCGUGGAGAUCCCGGAAGGGGAGACCAUCCAAGGAAGAGUCGGAACGCUCGGCUACAUGGCUCCCGAAGUUCUCAAUCGUGAAAGGUAUACAUUUAGUCCUGAUUGGUGGGGACUUGGCUGUCUGAUGUACGAAAUGAUUCAGGGACAUUCUCCGUUCAGAAAAUUCAAGGAGAAGGUUAACAGGGAGGAGGCGGAGCGGAGAGUGAAGGAGGAGACUGAGCGGUACUCCGAGAAGUUCUCCGAGGACGCCAAGUCCAUCUGCAGCCUGUUACUCACCAAGGAUCCCAAGCAACGCCUGGGCUGCAGGGGCGAAGGAGUGGCUGAAGUCAAGGGCCACCCUGUGUUCAGGGACAUUAACUUCAAGAGGCUGGAGGCCCACAUGUUAGACCCCCCUUUCCGUCCUGACCCGCAGGCGGUUUACUGCAGGGACGUCCUGGACAUCGAGCAGUUCUCCAGGGUGAAGGGCAUCCACCUGGACAGCACCGACUACACCUUCUACGGCCAGUUCGUCACGGGCUGUGUCUCCAUCCCCUGGCAGAACGAGAUGAUCGAGUCUGAAUGUUUCAAGGACAUCAACGAAAGGGGAAAUGUGGCCUUAGAUCCAGAAGAGAAGACAUAUCAACCAGCUCCCAAACAGAAGAGGGGCUUCUUCCACAGACUCUUCACUCGAGGGCUUUCUUUUUUCAGUGCCUGUUAUAUAAGAUAAUUUACAUAGUUUGAAAGCCAGCCAUAAGGUGCAGUUUGAGCCCAGCGAGAAGAAUCCUCACAAUGAUGUUUGCUACUGGUAUGAAAACUGUUCUGAUGCAAAAAGAAGGAAUGGCUUACAACACUCGAAAGGAGAUCUGUUUGUCGAUGACAAAGCAUUUCACACUAGGCUCAGAAAUCAGCAUCUUGUAGAACAACCAUAAAACAGUGCACAUCAUUUCAA